AUACAGUUAGGCUGUGGCGAUGUUAGACAAAUUUUUGCAGCUGCUAAUUAUUUUCUGUGCAGCACUGGUGCUAACCAGCGCUGGCAGCUAUGAAGGCUACAAAGUGUAUGAAGUUAAAACGGAUACGCCUGCGCAGAGAGACAAUUUGCUCGCAGUUGCAAGGGAAGCUGGCGACAAAUACGACUUUCUUUCUCUAAGCCGUAAUUUCAAUCAAAGCGCAAGAAUACUUGUCUCCGGCGCAUACGAGGCGAGCUUAAAGGCUUUACUGCAAGAUCAUCAUCUAACGUUUGAGUUACGAAAUUCGAAUUUCGGACGCACACUGCAAGCUGAGGUGUUGCAGAAUCGCAUGCUACGUCAGUCGAAACCCUAUGCCGGCACCGGACGUCUUAGCACCGAACGUUAUUAUUCGCAUGACGAAAUCAAUGCCUAUCUAGACGAUUUGGCAGCGCGUUAUCCAUCACGUGCAUUCGUCAAAAUUGUUGGUAAGUCAUAUGAAGGCCGCCUACUCAAGAGUAUAACCAUAACGAAUGGCGACGGACGCAAUGGGAAGAAUGUGAUUUUCAUUGAUGGCGCUUUCCAUGCACGCGAAUGGAUUUCGCCGGCAACGGUGGUUUAUUUAAUUGGUGAACUUGUUGAAGAUUUCGGAGAGCAUGCUGAGCUUUUAACCGACUAUGAUUGGGUUAUAUUGCCGGUCGUAAAUGCCGAUGGUUAUGAGUACACGCAAUGGGCGAGUGAGUUCAGACUUUGGCGUAAGACGCGUCAACCUGUCGAGAUAGAUGGCACAGUUUGCUAUGGCACCGAUCCGAAUCGCAACUUUGACUUUCACUGGAUGGAAUUGGGUGCUUCGUCGAAUCCUUGCUCGAAUAUCUAUGCGGGACCGCGUGCAUUCUCGGAACCCGAGACGGUGAUAGUGCGUGAUAUUAUGCAUACACUGCGUGAUCGUGGGAUACUCUAUUUGACGGUGCACUCGUAUGGCAAGGCCUUAUUCUACCCGUGGGGUUGGGGACCUGAAUUACCGGAUACAUGGGAGGAUUUGCACGAAGUGGCUUUAGCCGGCGCCGAUGCUAUACGCGCAUAUAGCGGCACUGAAUACGUUGUCGGUUCAUCGACUGCGCUGUACGGUGAAGCCGCUGGCGCCAGCGAUGACUACGCCUUCAAUGAUGGCUUCACACUGUCGUAUACUAUGGAAUUACCCGAUGGUGGCAGCAGUGGUUUCGAUCCACCAGCGUCUGAUAUCGAUCGUUUGGUUAAGGAAACAUGGGUGGGCAUUCGAGCUGUAGCCAAGAAAGUAACGGAAAAAUACUCAGCACGAAAAGUGAAUUUGUAAUUUAUGCAGCAGUCUAAGCGAUAAGGUGAAAUUGAACUAUAUAACUCUUAUCGGUUA